GGCAUCAUAACUUUUCUCUCAUUCGCAACAUAACUUGAACACAUACUUGGAGGAUGGAAUAAUUCGGCGUAAAAGCAUUUUAAUAGCACUUAAAAAAAGUUGAAUAUCAAACGUACCAGCCUGGGUAUACUCCACAACCUAGAACCGGAUACAUUGCAUCCUACCAGCACCUCAGUGGCGCAGAGCACCGCAGAGCAUAAGCACAGCAUAGCAAUGUUGAUGUGAACCAUUGUUUCCAUGGCUGUCAAACAGCUCGACACCACGCUUUUUGGAGCGCUCCCAGCGAACGAGGAUGAAGUUGAGCGAGUUCACCUUGUACUGUGACCAAUUGGUCCAUGCGUCACGCAACUGCGUCGACCGUUGGCGAUGGGUGCGGGAGAAGGAGCCGGACUUCCUAUGUCUGGAGACAGUACGGCACGUGCGGAGCACCGAAUCGAACCCCCAGACCGAGAUGCUGGAGGGCAUGGCCGAGCUGGACGAGGAAGAUGAUCCGGGCCUAGCCGCUGUCAGCGGUGGGCAGCCCACCGCCCGGAUGCUAGCGUUCGAGUAUCACGUGCUGUACUGUGAAAGCUACGAGGUGCCUAUACUGCUGUUUAACAUAUACGAGAAAGGUGGCGCUCGGUUAAACCUGGAGGAAGCAUGGGAGGUGCUGCAGAUUAGCGGAUGCGUACCGCCGGACGAGCGGUACAGUGCGAUCACGAUGGUGCACCAUCCGGUACUGUACCGGCCGUACCUGAAGCUGCAUCCUUGCAAAACAGCCGAACUGGUCGGCUCACUGUCCGGCAGCACGAACCCGGUACUGUCCUUCAUUACGACCUACGCGCCGUACGUUAAUCUGGAGCAGGAUGAGCUGGCUCGCGCGUUGCAAUCGGAUAGUAAAAAAGAAACCGGCGAGUAAUGCACCAUGUGAUCCGCAAGACUGCAACACUGAAUGCGGUCGAUGCAAGUAGAGUAAGCAUGCGAUAUGUAAAAAUAAAAUUAAAGCUUUGGUUUUGUAA